AUGACACUAAGUAUAAUUCCAGCAUCUUUAAAACUUGAGGAAAGUGUUGAUGGUCUCCAGAAACGUGCUUAUGGGACUGGUUGUGGUCCAGCACCAAAGGUCAAUGGCGGAGAGUGUGUUAUUACUGGUGACACAGCGACAUGUGCAUGUGAUCCUGGUUACUCAAUGUUGGGAUCAUCAAUACUACACUGUCUAGAUUCAGGCGAAUGGGACUGUGAAGCACCAAAAUGUACCAAGGUCACGUGCCCAGUUCCUGUCAAAAUCCCACAUGGAUUUUUCAAAUAUGUUGGAAACUCUGUGAUAUAUUCCUGUGAACGUGGCUACUAUCUUCUAGGGAAAGAAUGUCUCACUUGCCUUAUCACUGGUAAAUGGGAUGGAUUUACACCACGCUGCCUCCCCAUACGUGCUCCACGUGGGCCACCAGGAGAUCCAGGUCCCAUGGGUCCAGAGGGACCAAAAGGUGAGCCAGGUGCAAAUGGAGAAAGAGGACCUCCAGGCUCUUCUGGGUUACCUGGACGUCGAGGGGAACAAGGUCCACCAGGCUAUCCUGGGCAACCUGGAUCAAGAGGCUCACAAGGUGCCAGAGGACCACCUGGGUCUAAAGGUCAAAAUGGUUCUAAUGGAAGACCAGGUGCAAAUGGGAACAGAGGUGCUCCUGGACAAAGGGGACAAAUGGGUGCGAGAGGGGAAAUGGGACAAAGGGGAGAAAAAGGAGACCGUGGACCUGUAGGACAACCAGGAACUUUACCAGUGAUUAACUAUGUAACUGCAGCUUUCUGUGUAAGUCUGGGCACUUAUAAUCCAGCACCAAAUGUGCCUAUUAUAUUUCGAAAUAUAAUAUACAAUGGUCAAGGACUUUAUUCUACCCAAACAGGCAUGUUUGUGUGUUCUAUUCCUGGAGUCUAUUUUUUUUCAUUCCACCUUGAAGUUAACAGAGUCAGUACCUAUGUUGAACUCACAAAAAAUGGCAAAGCCGUUGUUGCAGCCUACCAGGCAUAUCACAAUAGUUAUCAAUCAAUGUCAGGAGGUGCUGUGUUAGCAUUAGAUGCUGGAGAUAAAGUUUACUUGAGAACUUCAGAAGGGAAGAUUGGUAUCACUAAAUCAAGCAUUUUUUCUGGACACCUGCUUUUCAAAUGUCCAAAAUAUGUUCGUUAA